GAAGAUUUCCGGUUUGUUUUGUCUUGACUUGAUUAGGCUGAUACUGUUCUUUACAUUGCAAUCGCCGUUGAUUACCAAUCGAUGUGAAUUUGUCAUGUUUUUCAGAUCUGUCUCUGGACCACGGCAAAGAUGACUUCAACAAGUAUGUUGAAGAGACUAAGUGAAGAUGCACUCACUAAGGAGCCUGAAGAGGUGUUUGAUCUCCUAGAGAAAUUGGGAGAAGGUUCCUAUGGAAGUGUAUACAAGGCAAUGCACAAGGAGUCUGGUCAGGUCUUGGCCAUCAAGCAAGUACCGGUAGAUACAGACCUACAAGAAAUCAUCAAAGAAAUCUCAAUUAUGCAGCAAUGUGACAGCACUUACGUUGUCAAGUACUAUGGAAGCUACUUCAAGAACACAGACCUCUGGAUUGUAAUGGAAUACUGUGGAGCAGGUUCGGUAUCAGAUAUCAUGAGAAGAAGGAAUAAAACGUUGAAUGAAGCUGAAAUAGCAACUAUUCUCUACUCCACAUUGAAAGGCCUAGAGUAUCUCCAUUUCAUGAGGAAAAUACACAGAGACAUCAAAGCAGGAAACAUACUUCUCAACAAUGAGGGCAACGCUAAACUCGCUGAUUUUGGUGUUGCGGGGCAGCUCACUGACACCAUGGCAAAGAGGAACACAGUGAUUGGUACACCGUUCUGGAUGGCACCAGAAGUAAUUCAGGAGAUCGGCUACGAUUGUAAAGCUGAUAUCUGGUCAUUAGGCAUCACAGCAUUGGAGAUGGCAGAGGGGAAACCGCCCUAUGCAGAGAUACACCCAAUGAGGGCGAUCUUCAUGAUCCCGACAAAACCUCCACCUACAUUUCGAGAUCCUGAGAAAUGGUCUCAAGACUUCAUUGAUUUCACAUCCAAGUGCCUGAUCAAGAACCCAGAAGACAGAGCAACAGCAACAGAUUUAUUACAGCACCCGUUUGUUAGGAAUGCUAAACCUGUAUCAAUUCUCAACACUAUGAUCAACGAGGCCAAUCACAUCAGAGAGAGAGAAAAGCUCAAGGAAGAUGAUGACGAUGAAGGAUCUGAUUUUGAGGAUGAUAUAUACACCAUUGUGGAUGAUGAGGAUGUUGACAGUGGAACCAUGGUAAGAGGGAAAGCCCCUGUGAUCGGUGAUGACGACAGCGGUACCAUGAUCAUCAGUGGCUCGGCAGGGAACACGGCAAACACUUUCAUUGAACAUGAGGACGUAACGGACAUUGAUAGUGGGACCAUGAUUGAACAUGGUACAAUGAUUGAUCAUGAUAGUGGGACCAUGAUAGAACAUGGCACAAUGAUUGACCACGAUAGCGGGACCAUGGUCGACCACGAUAGCGGGACGAUGAUCGACCAUGAUAGCGGCACGAUGGUGGACCACGACAGUGGAACGAUGAUCAAACAUGGAAGUUUGAACGACCUGGAAUCCAAUAUGGGCACCAUGGUUAUUAACAAUGAUGACAGCGAUUCGGGUAAUGACGGAACUAUGAAGAGAACAGACACAGCCAAAGCAGAUGCCUACAAACCUCAGUUCCUAGAACACUAUGAGAGACAAGAUGAAGCCAAGCAAGCUAAGAUCUCCUCACCUCCUAUCAAUCCAUCUAACGCACCCACGGUACCUUCUAAUGCCCCUAUGCACGUUGCCCCUGGUAACCAUCGGGUGAGUGCUCCUCCCCCUGCUAAUCAAGAGGCCCCACCCCCAAAACCACCGCAAUUCCACCGGCCAUUCAACGAAGCAGACUUUGAUUUUUUGAAGCAGCUAUCAAUAGAUGAAUUACGGGAGAGAUUAUCAUCGUUAGAUCCCCAGAUGGAAGCAGAGAUUGAGGAGCUUAGGAAGCGGUAUCAGGAGAAGAGGAGACCGAUCAUUGAAGCCAUGGAGGUCAAGAGAAAGAGAACGCAGCAUUUUUAAUGGUCAUUUUCUUACUCGUUGCAGAAUCAAUGCCAUAUUUGUUCAAUUUGUAUUGUUUCAAUGCCUCCCCUCCCCUCUCCCUCGAAAGGGGAAGUGAUAUUUGGAGUCUCAAUUUGUAGUGUAGUAAACAAGUGACUAACCAGGUUCAUGUGUCAAAGGUUAGGGGUCAAAGUUGCAUUAUGUCUAUGAUAUCUGGGAUCUUGCCAUUAUCUGGAUUCCGCAACCUAUUCAAAGAUGGGUGUUAAGUAUUGAAAAUAAAAUCAUGAUUUGUUUGAUGAAUUGGUAAUUCAAUAACAUUAUCAAUUGUUGACAGACAAGCCUAGAUGCGAGCCAAUAUCACAUACCUGUAAGAACAGAAGCGGGCAGACUAGAUAUAAUCCGAGUAGCCUAGAUUUUUGACAUGAUUAAAAUAUGGUAAACUACAUUUACUUGUAAAUCACAGCAACAUACGCUUUUCAAUCAGAUAUAUUUUGCCCGGACAUCUUUUCUGUAAUUUUGAUGACAUAAUAAUUCUUUCCUUAAAAAAAAAGAAUGAAUGGCUAUUUGAUUUCGGCAUUUAAAAUCACUCCUGAAAAUUAAUUGAAUGAUUUAGUAUUUUGUUUGUUUUAAUACCGGGUAGAUAUUAAAAUAUCUCACAAUGGAUUAACUGCCGGUUUAAUUUUGAAAACUAAAAUCUUUUGAUAAAUUAUUGCAUAAUUUUUUCUCGAAAAUUCAACAUGAAUGUAUUGAUGUUAAUUUCUGUGAAAUAAGGAGUAUUUUCUGGCAUAUUUGAAUGGGAUCGAGAAUCUUGCAUAUGUUGCAAUAGAAGAACAAAAAUUAAAAGUAAUGAAUAAUUCAGAAAAAAAAUGACCGUCCUUAUAGCUCCAUAUUGAUUACUUCUCCUGGAUUGCAUUGCUACCACUUUUUACCAUGUCUUUAUUUUGUAUCAGAUGUAUUUAAUGUACAUACUGUAAAUAUAUUAGAUUAUUAUGUAGAAAGAAAUUAUUUCAGUCUGUCCUUUUAGAAUUGAGAAUUUAGUGUUCUGUAAAAUCUUUUAACGGGUGUGUUACAAAUACUCUAUCAUAAAAACAUCUUAGGAUUGUAAUUCUUCCUCUAGAUUUUAACAAUAUUUUGUGUGAAAAAUCACAAAAAGAGUAACCACUUCUCAUUUAAAAAAUAAAACAGAAAACUAAAAAAGAUAUUGUUAUAUUUGUAGUAUGAGUACAAAUUAAAAGUAAAAUACACAUAAGAUACACAUGCUGAUAGUGGGUGAAGACGAAAACAGAACACAUUAUGAAAAGCAAGUCUUUGAAGCGUGUAUAUGGAAAUUGAAUACUUAUUUUUUGUACUCGGGGAUGGUUUGACUUGAUUUCUCCUUUCCUGUAUUUUUUUCAUAUAUGUCUCAUUUUCAUAGACCUUUCUUAUUUUCUUCCUUGUUAAUGGAGUCCAUUUGCAUCCAACAAGUCUGGUUUCUUUUAUCUUCACCUUCCUUUCUUUUUGCUUCUUACCUUUUCAUGUGUGUGUAUAGAUAAUGAAUACCCGUCAUUAUCUUUUUCUGAAACUUAAAAAAAAGCAAGAUAUAUGUCAAUUAAAGUGCAAAUAGUAUUUUAAUCUUCCCAUCUUGUACAUAUUUAUGUAGAUUAGCAUAAUAUCUGUUCAUGUUCAAUCUCUAGAAUUACUUCUCUGAGAACCGGUAGUUAUAUAAUUUGUGUGUUUGUAACUCUGUAUAUUUUUGUUUGGUAUUUGUUCUGUUUCUGUGCUACGUUAACCCUUCAAAGUUAUGUUAUAGGUCUACCACAUAUUCCCAUUUAUUUAAAGGAAAGUAUUCACAUGUAUUUCGGGUCGACACUGCGCUUCUUAUUUGGGGCUGUGAAAUUUGAUGAUUAUUCAAUGGAGUAUCAAAUAUUAAAGCAGCAUCCAGUAGUGUGAUUAAAAACAAUUUCCUGUUCCAUUACAAGUGUUGUUGUAGUAAUGUGGAGCAUUGUGGCCCAGUGGAUAAAUCCCCGGACUUUGAUACAGAGGGUUGUGGGUUCUUAUCCCAGCCAUGGCAUAAUUUCCUUCAGCCCCCCCAAACAAUGAUUAAUCCGCAUUAAAAUGCACUCGUCCAAGGUGUGGUUAAUGGACAUGGAGUUUUCUGGCCCAGUGGAUUAGUCUUCAGACUUUGAAACAGAGGGUCAUGGGUUCGAAUCCCAGCCAUGACGUAAUUUCCUUU